AUGACUCAAAAACACCACCAAGAGGAGAUUUCAGGGCCAAUUGAUGCUAUUGAAGCUGCUCCGUUGGCUAAGGACUGCCCUCGACCCAAGAGAGCGCGAAUUCAGAGCCGAAAAGCCCAAGAAAAUCAAGCGCAAAGUCAGUUCUCCGAAGUACUUUCCUUGCGGCCUGCUACGCGUACGGUACCGACUUCAAGCGAUGAAUAUUCCUCAUCUAUUGGAAAUGACGCAUCUCAAUCGAAACGACGACGCCCACCAAAUCGCCAAAACAGCUCUCAAGGACCUGGCAUACAUACACAGCAUAGAAAAGAGAAGGAAGAAUGGCAGAUACAAGUUGAAUCUACUCAAAACAAGCCAGAAAAGCUGAAAAUCCUUGCUGAGCAAAUAGGUCCUAAUCAACCUUACCCAGAAAAGCUGAACGUUCCAAUCCCAUACGCGCCAGGGCAGCCGAAACUUCGUGCUCAUGAAUACAAGCCAAUUGAUCUAUUCUAUCGUUUUAUUCCAAAUGAGCUCUUUACAGACAUUGCAGAGCAUACGAACGAAUACGCAUUUGAAGAGAGAUCUCAAGAAUUCGAUCAAAAUCAACGAGAAUGGGGGGAUGUAACUGCUGCAGAUAUCAGAGGAUAUAUUGGCGCUGUGCUGCUUAUUGGCGUACAGCCAGGUGGCAGAGAUCUGGCCUAUUAUUGGAAUCAGAAGAAGAACUAUCCUUAUUAG